UUUUUUUCUUUUUCCCUUGCUUCUUUUCUUUUUUCGUUUUUUUAUUUAUUCAAAAAUCUAUUCGCACAUUUAAACAACAUUUCUCAUUUUCUCAUUUUAUUCUAUUAGCACCUUGUCAACAACCGCUUGAAUUUCACACAAUGUCAUCGCCGAGAAGAAGAAUCGAGACCGAUGUCAUGAAGCUUUUAAUGAGCGACUACGACGUCAAGCUGGUCAACGAUAACAUGCAAGAGUUUUACGUUUGGUUCCAUGGACCUGCAGAUACACCGUUCUCUGGCGGGUUGUGGAAGAUACAUGUGGAAUUGCCUGAGCAGUAUCCAUACAAAUCACCAUCGAUCGGAUUCACGAACAAAAUCUUCCACCCAAACAUCGACGAGUUAAGCGGAUCAGUGUGCCUUGAUGUGAUCAACCAGACAUGGAGCCCCAUGUUUGACCUGCUAAAUAUAUUCGAGACGUUCUUGCCGCAGCUCCUUCGGUACCCGAACCCCACAGAUCCAUUGAAUGGCGAGGCAGCAGCAUUGCUGAUGAGGGACUCGACCGGAUACGACGCAAAGGUCAAAGAGUAUGUCAUUCGGUUUGCGAGCAGCAAGAAAAAGUUGGAGAAGGGCGGGAAGAACGAGGACAACAGCGAUGAUGACGACGAUAUUAGUUGCGAUGAUGAUGACGAUAUCAGCUCGUUGAGUUCGUUCGGGAGCAACCAGGACGACGAUGCGGAUAUGUCGACUUGAAACGUGUAUCGCCCCAUGUCCUAGUAACACCAACCGCAAUGUCUGUCUGUGCAUCUCUGCUUCUUUUACCCUGUGUUUUUUAAUAUCAUC